AUGAAACCCAAAUCAAAUCAAGUUGUUGACUCCAUAGCCACAGCUUCGAGCAGUAAUAUGAAAACUAAAAUUCCGACAACUACGAACUCAACUGCCAGUCCUCAUCAUCAAGUUAAAUUAAACCUCAAAAACUACCAGGCCGCCGUCAGCACAAAUGCAGGCUGCCCAACACAAGCUGUUUCCGAUACAAGUCAUGCCUCGUAUCUUACAAAAUCAAUAGAAAGUACUCCUACAAAUACAAUCUCAUCACCAUCCACUGGUCAUUCAUACUUCGAAAAGCUCCCCCGGGAGACGCGCGACAUGAUCUACGAGCUCUUGCUGGUAAAUCCCGUUCUUGGCAAGAGCUGCAGUGUGGCCGAUCGUACUAGUUCGCCCAGAAGAACUCCACCACACGGACAAAGCCAACCACCGCUGAAGUAUGAACUUGAACCCCAAGUUCUUCGGAUUUGCCGUGCAAUAUACUUAGAAGCAUCGCAAGUCCUUUACGAAUCAAACACUUUCUACAUUGCUUGCUGCAGAUAUGAGAUCUCGCAAGAUUGUCGUCCAAGCCGAUUUGCAUUUAAUAGAGGCAUAGAAAUGACACCCAUUACAAGACAUUGUAACAGAUUGAGUCACGGUCAACUUUUCCUAUUUGACCAUCCAGCAGCGGCAAAAGUUAAACGCUGGAGAGUUAUUGUCAGUUCAUUCAUCGAUCCGGAUAUAUUGGGAGGGUGGCAUGAAAGGAGGACUUGGUCGAUGGAAAACUUUUGUCAAGCCAUCGCUCAGUCCCCAUCCAUAUCUCUCGAGAUUGCACUAGCACCGAUUGGUCUGGAGAAGUGUGGGGAAACACUUUGGUUCCGAGACGAGGUCAUCUAUCAAAAUAUGAAGGAUAUGCUCAUACCUUUACAAAUGCUACGUGGGGUCAAAAAGCUUCAAUUCCGAGAUGCAAGUUGGGAGAAUUACCAGAUAUCAAUUAUGAUGGGAAACUCUGUGGCAGAGCUCUCUCGUGGAAUGUAUCUUCGACUCUUGCGUUAUGCACAGGCGUUUGAGACGGUUGAUACUUUCAGGUCUGAAAUGCGCCACUCAUCUACUGGCAGCGUAGGAAGAUAUCUGAUGCACUAUGGAUUGUGUUCUGGCAGCAAUCGAUGGAUGCACAGGCCCUACGAUCCAACUACUCAGGUGUCACAUCCCGUAGAAAGUGGUCUUAGGCGUGCAGAGACUCUUUCGUCCUCACAAUACAAUCCGAGAGCAUUCAAAUUAGAACGAGCCAGCAUUGUACAAUAUCUAGAACCACAAUAUCAGAGGGCAAAGUUGGCAUGUUUUAACAUUACGGAGUUCAUCAAGUUCGAAAAGAGAAAGGAUAGAAUGCUUUCGCCCAAACUUACUCGAGAUUGGCACUCUCCCACAAUUGCAGCAGAGGCUAUGCUACUGCUGGAAAGAUAUGAACAAGGAAUUCAAAGAGAUUUUCCAUAUAUCGAUCAAAUCAAACAUCGAGCUAAUCUUCGAAAGAACACUUCGUUUAAUAACAAUCUUCCCCGAAACGUCCUCAUGAGACAGACUUCCGAUGCUUUUGAUGCGAUGAAUUGGGCCUUCUUCACAAAUUCUUUCAAAAAAAAUGGUAGAUGA